AUGCCCUCUGACUGUCCUUCUAAACACGCUGGUCAUAAUCGCUGUCAAGACAAGACCAAGGCUUCAGAAUAUGCAUCACUUAAUACUGGCCUCUAUGGCAGGUACAGAUUUGGCAGUGGGUAUAGUUGCCCAGCCAGCGUCCAUCGCCAGAGAAAUUUCACACCAAACAGGUGGAACGCUUUUGAUGUACUGCAACCUAAGCACAUUGACCAUGAUAACAACAACUCUUCUUUCCCUGACGUCUCUUUUUCAUUUGGCGCUAAUUUCCGUAGAGCGUUUGAUAGCAAUGAAAUAUUCCUUAAGAUACAACGACAUCGUGACAAAACGACGUUUAACUGCUGCUGUCGCAUUGUGCUGGCUUUUUGCUGCAAUUAAUUUGACUAUCAGGUUAACUGUAACGCGUAUUACAGACGUUUUUGUGAUGAUCAUUACUCCAAUGAUUUUUACUGUCAUUUUUCAGUUUAUUUUGUUUGUCGUCGCCAUUUGAAUCAGAUCAAAUCUGAGCAAACCUCCAGGCAGGCCACAACAAAGUUUUUAGAGGAUCAAAGAGCUUGGAAAACGACCGCUAUUAUUUUAGGUGGUCUUAUUUUAUCGUUUCUGCUAGAGCUUUUGCGCAACGCAGCCAUGCAACUAUUUUCAUUUCCAUUAUUGAAUAGUAUAGAGCCAAUAGGAUUUUCUUGUGUUCUUAUAACUUCAUUUUUUAAUCCUGUUAUUUACUGCUGGAGGAGCCAGAUUAUUCGUCAAACAAUCAUGCAGCUUAUAGGAAAGAAAGUAAACAACGUAGGAUAAACCACAAAAUCUAUCCUACCGAAUUUUUGAAACUACAUGAAAAAGCCCGAAGAAUAUUCGCACAGCGGAGACCUGGCUAACUAAAGGUUUUUUGUUGUUGCGGUGGAAAUUUUCAUAGGGGGCUUGCCGUCUUGGUCGGUCUGCACAGGUCUCCAGGUAAAUAAAACACUCUUGAAGGCAAAACUACAAAGACAACCAGUGAGGGUCCGCGGGAUCUUUAGUAGACCUGGAUUAGUAAGAUCUUCGAUACCAAAUUUCAAAAUUAGAGCUGCAGUAAACUGAUCCCUACGGCAGGAAGAGUGAUAGGAAAAAUAAAUGAAGAAAACAGAAAUAAAAUGGUGAAUUAUACUUACCCUAGAAACAUGAUUGUAAAGAAGCUGGCAUGCAAAACGUGAACAACACGAAGGUCACUGAAUAUUCUCUCAAAUGACUCAUUGACAACAUCACACUUUUGCAGCACCCUUCCCCCGUUAGCGAUUUACCACUUCAAUUUCAACAACCAACACUUUCUUCAAAUCCACAGGACAGCUAUGGGAACACGAAUGGCACCUUCAUACGCUAACCUAUUCAUCAUGGGAAAAUUGGAACAAUCUGCAAUCGAAAACGACCCUUUCAAACCUUACGUCUGGUGGAGGUUUAUUGAUGACAUCUUCAUGGUGUGGACAGAAGGAGAAGAGCAUCUUCAAACUUUCCUACAUCAUUUAAACUCUAUCCAUCCAACAAUCAAAUUUACACAUGAAUAUUCAAAUUCUUCACACCAAAGUCUUCAAUUCCUAGACGUACAUGUCUAUCUCGACAAUAGCCCAGUAGAAACUGAUCUCCACACAAAUCCCACAGACAAGCACCAAUAUCUUCUAAAAACCUCCUGCCAUCCUGCCCACACAAAGCGCACCAUCACUUUCAGCCUCGCCUUACGUCUGCGUCGCAUCUGCUCCUGCACUGACGAUUUCUUCAAUAAACGCUGCACUGAACUUAUAAACUUUCUGGAACUACGAGGAUACAGCCGCCACUUUGUUAAAAAAGAAAUUAACCGGACACGUAUCAUUUCCACGUCAUGA